AACGGCCAAGAUCGAUUUAGAAAGUCUUUGGUUUGACUGAGCAAAACCUCCAUAAAUAUCACAAACUUCUAAGUUCCAUUUCCCCUUCCCUCUUACAAAAAAAGAGUGAAAUUUUCAGAGAUUUCUCCGAUUCAGAAUUGCAUUUCAUCUUUCCCUUCUCUCUCUCUAUAUAUAUAUUAUAAUUAUAUAUAUACAUACAAACACAUAUAUAGUUGGCCACGAGUGAAACCAUGCAUAACCCAUCCGAAUGGAUGCAAUUCUACAACCCAAACUUCUCCGGUGGUAGCAGCAGUCAAGGGCCAACCACCACCACCAAUCUAUUCCCCGAUAAUCGAGUUUCCGAUUCCACAGUAGUAGUCACAACAGCCGCCGCCUCAACUGACCUAGUCGGCUCCGGAAGCUCAAGCCCCACAGCGGCGGCUGCGGCUGCGGCUGGAGCCAACCGUUUCAGUCCCGAAGGUGGCCGAGUUUCCAAACCAGUACGACGUCGUUCCAGGGCUUCACGAAGAACCCCAACGACGCUUCUCAACACCGACACCACAAACUUCCGAGCCAUGGUCCAACAAUUCACCGGUGGUCCCACCGCCCCCUUCGCCAACUCCGGGGCCCACCCUGGUGGUCCGGGUUUCGUUUUCGGUCUUGGCGGCGGUGGUACCCGUCAAAACUUUGUAAACCCUAGUGCAGGCAUGGUCCCAGCUUUGGCCGGUUACAAUUACCAUCCUCAGCCGCCGCCGCAGCCGCAGCCGCCGACGCAGAAUCUUUAUCAGCAGCAGUACCCGUUCUCACUGAGCACCGGCGCCGGGGACGAUGCGUUUGUUCAGAGACUGAACUCUGGUAGUAGACCAAUGAUGGGUCACACUAAUAACAUGGGUGUGAGCACAGAGGAUUUUCUGAUGGCGGGAGUAUCGGGCUCCCAAGUGGCGGGUGCUGGGCCGCCGAGGCCUUCUUUGAAUUCAGGGAACGAGAAUCGGAGUAACAAUUUCAUGUUUUGAUGACAAAUUAAUUUGAAGAAGAAGAAGAAGAAGGGAAAGAGGACAUUGCAAGGUUAGGAAAGUUAGGUGAAAAUGAAGACUUUUAGUAUCAUAUUAGAAAAGUAGAGACCACUACACUGACCCCUCGUCUAGUUAGGUUAGGGAAGAGAAUUCUUGGCCAAUGUAUAUAUUAUUAUAUAAUAAUAAUAUGAUAUAAUAUGUACUACGUCUCUUUUAGUUAACCUGCAACACCAAACUAUAUACCUGCAGCACCUCCUCUUCUUGCUAGGUCUUCUUCAUCAUCAUUGUCGAUCGAUCCAUCUAUCUCUACAACGUUUUUUUCUCACCAUUUUUAACUUUCUUUCUUUGUUUUAUUAGGCUCUUCUUCUUGUUCAAUUACUUUUUUUUUUUCUUUUUCAUUAAUUUAAUUUGUACUUUUUCUACUUUUGUUAUUAUUAUAUACUUAAUUAGAAGAAGAGUAUGCAUGUGCAUCACUCCUUGUUAAUUUUA